UCCUCCGACCUGAUAGUUCUCUGCACCACCGCUUAUUACUUUUCACACAUCCAACCCAUUUAAUUUUGAUUGUUUGAAAUCAAGAAAAAUGGCGUUGCUUGCCAAGGCAUCAUCCCUAGCUUGCCUGCUUGUUCUGACCUUUCUGGCUCUUGCCUCUAUCAGCCACUCGCACCCCAUCGGGGAGAUCUCCAGAUCUGCGACGUUGCAAGGGCGCAAUCCGGAUCCGAGAAUGAUACCAAGUUCCAAUGAUUUGGUCGGUAAUAUCUUCAAAGGUCUUGGAUUAGACAACUUCGAGAAGCUCAACCAAUGGAAGCAAAACCAAGCUACGGGUCAGAGUAGCAGCAACACGUCUACCAAAGCACAGGACAAUAGCACCCCCGGUGACGACCACACUGCAAAGCAGACGGCCCCGAGUGGCCUGGCGGACCCUGCGAGCGACCCCUCCGGUUUUGUGUCGGGGUUAUUGCAGUUGCUAAGGGAUAGAUUCAAGCAAUCGUUGCAUAGCAGUGAUGAACACACCUUGAACUAGGUGAUCAUGAGUGUGAUGGGACUGUGACAGUUGAUGAUCCAGAUGCUUGGCCUGUCUUCUAUUGCUUUGUUGGUUUUUCUUUUUCUUU